GCGUGUCAGUKGCAAGUGACGAGUGGUGAGCAGUGGUGGCAGCAUUUACAUAGUGUCAACGCUCGUAAAUUGCGUAUCACGCUUAAAAUAAUCAAGUGAAAAUCGCGCACAAAAACUCAUUAACACUUCCAAUAUAUGUAGUGUCGAGCACAAGUUGCAAGUACUCAAGUCACGCGCUUUUUGUAAAUAACCGAAUAAUUGCCGAAGUUUUUGACACAAAUCAAAGUUGAGUUGGCGCGAAGUGUUGACCAACGAAGUGCGGUUUGCGAGCUCCAGGGCAAACUAAGUUGCGUGAAGUUGAAUAAACUAUUAACGGUUUGUGUGAGUGAUAGUGACGUGAAUGCAUUAGAUCCGUGAUUCAUAACAAUGUUUUCGCUUGACAAGAACAUUCAUCAAUGUCRCCACGGUCGGGGACGAAGCGCGCUUUUGACUUACAACRUCCUGCUAUGCGCUUUGGUGGCGCUCAUGYUUUGUCUGCCCGUGGGUGGRGACGAUUUGAGAGCAUAUAAGUAUGUGUCCAGAGCACGCGAAAGGCAGCUGGAAAAACUCGCGAUACGCAUAAAUGAGUCCGUUAAUCCAAAUCGGUAUCCCUGCGAGAGCUUYUACGAUUAUGUUUGCAGUUAUAGUAAACCGCUAUUCACGAUACUUGGUCAUUUGCCCGAACUCGAUGAUCUCAUGAAGUUAUUUACUGAGCUGCAGCAAGAUCCCGAGAAGUUUAGUGCCAAAGACAAGAUGUUGGAUUUUUUCGUUUCUUGUACAUCSAAGAAAUGGCUGGAGGAUUGCUAUCGCGAAACAUUCGAAUAUUUCAAGCCACUUUUUGGUUACAUUAUCACCAAGAACUAUGUUGGCAGCAAUUCGGAGGAGCAUCGUAACUUUCUGGUACUACUGGAUGCUUUUCUGUUAAAGGCCUCGCAAACGCWUAAUUUCAUGCAUCACCCGAUACGUCAUCGCUUGCAGACGUUGAGAGAGAAAUUCCGCUUGCCGCAGAUCUAUUUGCGGCCGCACGAAUUAAGUGAGGAAWACGAAUCGUUAAUGAUGUAUCCCGAGAGUUAUAAGCAUAAUGUGCGUAAUUUGGAGUUGCAUCGUAGACGUAAUUCCAGCUAUGAGUUGGGCGUGGAGCGCACCAUGUUGGAUUGGUCAUUGUAUUUGUAUCAAAGUCGCAAUAUGCCCAUGUCCUAUUACUAUCCCACAUUGAAUGUACACCUGUGGAUGACAUUGUACAACACGACGGAGCGUGACCGUGAGCCGAAGCGCGUGCAUGAGCUUGCCGAAUGCUUGAAGYUGCCACCGUACGUGCAUGUGCUGGACGAGGCGCGUGUUUUGGCUUUGGUCUAUUUGAAGGCUUUCCAAAAUGCUUGGUUUGAUUAUAGUACUUGGCUGAAGCCUGAUCGUGCGACUGUGAACAGUGACAUCUAUGAUCAUGAGAAUAGAAUACUGUCACGCUUUAAGUUGGAUAAUAAGAAGGUGUUCUUCAUUUUGUAUGGGCAGAAUUUUUGCGAGUUCGGCAAAGAGUUGGCGGAGAAUAUCUUCUAUUUGGGCAUGAAACAGAAUCGCGACUUCGCCGAAAGCUUCGAUUGUGUGUUUGCACCAGAGCCGCGUAUGCCAUGUUAUGUGUAAAACUGAGCUUCGUAAAAUUCAAAAUAUUAGUAAGAAAAAUAUACGACUGCUUUUAUUAAAA